AUGGAGAGCGACUCAGUGAUGGUUCCGUUUCCUCUGUUACCGAUGCCGAUAGAAUCAAACUACAGAGCGUGCACCAUUCCGUAUCGAUUCCCUUCUGAUAACCCCAGGAAGGCUACUCCCACUGAGAUCUCUUGGAUCGAUCUCUUCUUCAACUCCAUCCCUUCCUUCAAGGAGCGUGCAGAGAGCGAUACAUCUGUUCCAGAUGCUCCUGUUCGAGCUGAAAAGUUUGCACAAAGGUAUGCUGAGAUUCUUGAGGACUUGAAGAAAGAUCCGGAGAGCCAUGGUGGACCACCAGAUUGCAUUCUUCUAUGUAGAAUCCGUGAGCUCAUACUCAGAGAAUUGGGAUUUAGAGACAUUUUCAAGAAAGUUAAGGAUGAGGAGAAUGCCAAGGCUAUAACACUGUUUCCUGAAGUUGUCCGUCUGAGUGAUGCUAUUGAAGAUGAAGGAAAGCGCCUAGAGAGUCUGGUAAGAGGCAUCUUCGCUGGCAACAUCUUUGAUCUCGGUUCUGCACAGCUUGCCGAGGUAUUCUCAAAGGAUGGAAUGUCAUUCUUGGCUAGCUGUCAAAACUUGGUUCCACGGCCAUGGGUCAUUGAUGACUUGGACAACUUUCAAGCUAGAUGGGUCAAGAAGCCCUGGAAGAAGGCUGUGAUAUUCGUCGAUAACUCUGGUGCAGACAUAAUUUUGGGUAUUUUACCGUUUGCUAGAGAAAUGCUCCGUCAAGGAAUGCAGGUGGUGCUGGCUGCUAAUGAGCUUCCAUCUAUCAAUGACGUCACUUACACCGAGCUUGCAGAGAUCUUGUCAAAGCUUAAGGAUGAAAAUGGACAACUGAUGGGUGUUGAUAUCUCCAAUCUUCUGAUUGCAAAUUCAGGGAAUGACUUACCAGUUAUUGAUCUUGCAAGAGUAUCACAGGAGGUUGCCUACCUUUCAACCGAUGCAGACUUGGUCAUCUUAGAAGGCAUGGGACGUGGAAUAGAGACAAACCUGUAUGCUCAGUUCAAGUGUGAUUCCCUCAAGAUUGGAAUGGUGAAGCAUCCAGAGGUAGCACAGUUUCUCGGAGGACGGCUUUAUGACUGCGUCAUCAAAUACAAUGAAGUUCAGCAGAGCUGA